GCUACUCCUGUUCUUCCCUCAACUCCAGCCUCUCUGUAGCCACCAUGGAUCGAGUUUUGCUAAACAGAACCAGCAGUGGUUACAAGUCCCUCAGGCAAGCUCCAGCAAAGGACUACGGUCUCCAAGGCGCCGACAGCCAUAUGGCUCCCUCGAGGCGCAUAACUCUCUUCCUCAUAUACCUCGUCUUCGUCGUCACUCUUGGCCCUUUUCAGUUCGGCUUCCAUCUGGGAGAACUCAACGCACCUCAGGGGGUCAUUACUUGCAAGUCUGACAAGCUACCUACCUAUGGCACUUAUGGCCUAUCUCGAUGCAUACCAAUGACUGCUGGACAAUGGGACUUGGUUCAGUCUAUUUUCACCAUUGGCGGACUGUUCGGUGCUUGCUUCAGCGGUUUCGUUGCAACCAAAUUUGGCCGCCUGUUCGCUCUAAAAUGGCUUACCUUCUUUCUCGGCAUGGGGCCAAUUGCAGAAGCACUCGCAAACAAGAUGUGGGUUUUGGCCAUGGGUCGAGCAUUGUCAGGGCUCGGUGCUGGUGCAGCCACAGUUGUCUGUCCGAUUUACAUCUCAGAAGUCGCCCCUCCAGACAGACGUGGGCUCUUUGGAGCCUUCACCCAGGUUCAGAUCAACUCCGGUAUCCUGCUUGCACAACUCCUCGGAUACUUUCUCUCAAAGAACACUAAAUGGCGUUGGAUCCUUGCAACUGCUGGGUUCAUUGCCGCCGCCACCUUUAUUGGCCUGAUGCUAGCACCCGAAACUCCAAAGUGGCUUGCAGCGAACCAUCGGCCUCGCAUGGCAAGAGGCAUCCUGCAACGCAUCAGAGGCAAGAACGUCGAGAUUCGGGAAGAGAUGGAGCAAUGGGAGAUAUCCGGAGAAGCUGAAGAAGAAAGUCUUCUUGGACCACCUCGUGGGCCUCGACUGCCAAAGAAAGAAGGGAAAUCCAUCCUUCAUGUUCUUCGAGUAUCCACAUAUCGCCGGGCAGUGAUUGCUGUGACAGGGACCAUGAUAGCUCAACAACUCUGCGGAAUCAAUGCUGUGGUGAUGUACAGUGUUGCAAUCCUUGGACAGAUCAUGCCGACCCGUGCAGCCUUGAUCACAGUCAUUGUAUCGGCGAUAAACGUCUUGGUCUGCUUGCUGUCCUCGCCCUUACCAGACAAGAUUGGUCGCAAGACAUGUCUCCUGAUGUCUAUCUUGGGCAUGGGCUCUGCUUCAAUCAUGCUAGCCAUUGGGCUAGAGCAAGAGAUUCUAUAUCUCACCAUCAUUGGCACUGGCAUCUUUGUAUGCAGUUUCGGCAUCGGCUUGGGUCCAGUUCCGUUCCUCCUGCCUAGUGAGUUGGUCGGGCCUGAAGCGGUUGGUGCAGUGUCUAGUGUGGCACUUGCAGCCAACUGGGUCUCUACGUUCAUGGUUGCACAGUUCUUUCCGAUGUUGAAUGCAGCCAUGCCUGAAGGGAGAGUGUGGUGGGUGUUUGUAGGAACCGCCGGUUUCUUUGGCAUGUUCGUUACAAUCUUUGUCCCUGAAAGCAAGGGAAAGGCGAAUCCAGAUGAGGUCUGGGGUAAGAGACAUCCCUGAGUGAAUAUUGGCCAAUCAUCAAUAUCUCGGGAGAUUACACGCCUGAUUGCUGCUUUGAAGAAUCAGGUAUGGAGUAUGGAUCAGACACGUUAUCCUAGGUCAGGGGUUAGCAAAUCGGAAAGACUGAAGUAGGAAGCUGUAUCAUUAGCGUAUUGUUAGCGACAUGGAACGAGAUCGCGGAUGCAUGCAGUC